AUAGGGUGGGGGGCUCCGGCGCCGGAGAAGAGCGGAAAGUUGGCGGCGGCGGCGGCGCGGGCGCGGCGGAGCGGGCGGGGCCCGGAGCGGAGCCGGCGGCGGCGGCGCCUGGUCGGGGAGCAGCGGCCGGGGGGCCCCGCUGGAUUUUUGUAGGGGGGGUGGUAUCGCCCCCUCCUUCUCCUCCCCCCAGGGGUGAAAGUGCAAGAGGAAGUGCAGCCGCUGCCAUCUUUCCUCCGCUCCAAACACACAGGGACGGACGGAGCCGGCAGCGCGGAGCCGCAGCCGCCGGAGCCCCCUCCCUGCCGGCUCGCUGCCGCCGCGCCGCGCACGCCCCUUCCCGCGGCGGCCUCCGCGGCCGCAGCGCCUCGUGGCGGCCGGGCCCGGGCGGCGCUCGCGCGCCGGCGGCCGCGGCGGCCCCGCGCGGCGCGCGCCCCUCCGCCGCCCGAGCCUUUUGUCUCGCCCCCCCGCCAUCCCCUCGCGCUGUGCAGGGAGCGCAGCGCGCGCCGCCGCCGUCGGGCCCGCACAGGGGCGGGGAGCAGGAGGCGGCGCGCGCCGCCGGCGGCCUGAGAGCGCGCGCCCCCUGCGGGCGCCAGCGCGGCGGCGCAGCCCCAUGGAGCGGGUGAGCGAGGCCGCCGCCUGCGGCCCCUCGGCGGGCUGCUACACGUACCAGGUGAGCCGGCACAGCGCCGACAUGCUGCACAGCCUCAACCAGCAGCGCAAGAACGGCGGCCGCUUCUGCGACGUGCUGCUGCGCGUGGGCGACGAGAGCUUCCCGGCGCACCGGGCGGUGCUGGCCGCCUGCAGCGAGUACUUCGAGUCGGUGUUCAGCGCGCAGCUGGGCGACGGGGCCGCCGGCGGCGGCGGCGCGGAGGCGGGCGCGGAGGCGGCGGCGGCGGCCGGCGGGGCGGCGGCGGCGGCCGGCGGCGGCGGGCGGGAGCUGGAGAUGCACACCAUCAGCUCCAAGGUGUUCGGGGACAUCCUGGACUUCGCCUACACGUCGCGCAUCGUGGUGCGGCUGGAGAGCUUCCCGGAGCUCAUGACGGCCGCCAAGUUCCUGCUGAUGCGCUCCGUGAUCGACAUCUGCCAGGAGGUCAUCAAGCAGUCCAACGUGCAGAUCCUCGUGCCCCCCGCGCGCCCCGACAUCAUGCUCUUCCGCCCCGGGGCCGCCGACCUCGGCUUCCCGCUCGACAUGACCAACGGCGCCGGCCUGGCGCCCAACGGCAACGGCAUCGCCGGCAUGCCCGAAGACGAGGCCGCGCGGGCUGCGCUCUCCGCCGCCCAGUCCUCCCUGCCUGUUCUGCAGGGGGUGGACCGCUUGCCCAUGGUGGCAGGACCGCUGUCCCCACCGCUGCUGGCCUCGCCCUUCCAGAACGUCGCUGCUAACGCCCCUGCUUUAAGCACCAAGAGGGGCAGAGGUCGUCCCCGCAAAGCCAAUCUCUUGGACUCCAUGAUGUUUGGUACCCCAGGGGGCCUGCGAGAGGCGGGUAUCCUGCCUUGCGGCCUCUGCGGAAAAGUGUUUACGGAUGCUAAUCGUCUUCGGCAGCACGAGGCUCAGCACGGGGUGACAAGCUUACAGCUGGGCUACAUAGACAUCCCACCCCCGAGACUGGGUGAAAAUGGCGUCCCUGGUCAGGAUGACCCUGAUGCACCCCGAAAAAGAAGCAGGACAAGGAAACAGGUGGCCUGUGAGAUCUGUGGCAAGAUUUUUCGGGACGUGUACCACCUGAAUCGGCACAAGCUGUCACACUCUGGCGAGAAGCCGUACUCUUGUCCGGUGUGCGGGUUACGGUUCAAGCGGAAAGACAGGAUGUCCUAUCACGUUCGAUCUCAUGAUGGCUCUGUGGGAAAGCCCUACAUCUGCCAGAGCUGUGGAAAAGGCUUCUCCAGGCCAGACCACUUGAAUGGACACAUCAAACAGGUGCAUACCUCAGAGAGACCUCACAAGUGUCAGCAGGAAAAUGGCAGCCACCAUGGAAUAAGCUCAGAGACAUCCACAACCAUAGAAAAGUUGAAACUUCAAGAGACUUGUAAUGCUUCCUUUGCCACGCGUGACCGGCUGCGCUCACACCUAGCAUGUCAUGAAGACAAAGUUCCAUGUCAGGUGUGUGGGAAGUACUUGCGGGCAGCAUAUAUGGCAGAUCAUUUGAAGAAACAUAGUGAAGGACCAAGCAAUUUCUGCACUAUCUGUAACCGAGGUUUCUCCUCUGCCUCCUACUUAAAGGUCCAUGUUAAAACCCACCACGGUGUUCCCCUUCCCCAGGUCUCCAGGCACCAGGAGUCCAUCCCGAAUGGGGGAGCAGCGUUCCACUGCGUCAGGACCUAUGGCAUCAAAGAAGGCCAGAAAUGUUCACAUUCGGACCCGAUUGAGAGUUCUGAUUCAUAUGGAGACCUCUCUGACACCAGUGACCUCAAGACUCCUGAGAAACAGAGCACCAAUGGGUCCUUCUCCUGUGACAUGGCAGUCAGCAAAAACAAAAUGGAGACGGAGGGAGAAAAGAAGUACCCUUGCCCUGAAUGUGGCAGCUUUUUCAGAUCAAAGUCUUAUCUGAACAAACAUAUACAGAAAGUUCACGUCAGAGCCCUUGGUGGCCCGUUGGGGGACCUUGGUCCUGCUCUAGGAUCCCCCUUUUCACCCCAACAGAACAUGUCUCUCCUGGAGUCAUUUGGGUUUCAGAUCGUCCAGUCAGCAUUUGCAUCAUCCCUAGUGGAUCCAGAGGUCGACCAGCAACCAAUGGGGCCAGAGGGGAAAUGAGAUCAGUUUGACCUUAACAAAGCAAAGCAGCAGUCUGGCUAUAAUGAUAAGAUGCUGUGAAUGAAAGAGAAAAUAAUGAAAUUUGGUUCUAUAGCUGAGAAUUUUUUUAUUCAUUUUAGCUUCCCUCUUUGUCUCAUGCCCCACCCUACCUUUAAACCUUCACUGAUGAGAGGGAGAAAAGGCUUCUUAGCUGAUGAAUUACAAAAGAUCGUGACCUUGAAUAGGAGACAUGAUUUAAAACAUCAAAUAGAGCUUUAGAGGCUCCUGCCGGUGUUCCAUCGUGAUCUUCUAGAAUAAACAAAAGUUGCCAGCACUGAUCUGAGAAUUAGAGACAGUCCUAGUGACCCAGGCACCUGGGGAGCUACAGUUUAUGCUUUUGUUCUCUCUCUAUUCCCCACCUUCCCUAACCCACCCCAGAAAAACACAGUAAGUUUUAAAAACAGACCCAUUAUUGACUGAAUAUAACAUUCAAGAAAAAGCCCCAUGGUACCUAGCAGGUUACAAUGCAGUUGUCCUUUUAUAAACAGAAAGAUCUUAAGAAGGUGAGAGAAUUUGAACCCCUCCUGCCAUUUGUGAGGCUGUGAGUGCUGCAGCAGGACUGAACUGCUGAGGAAAAAUCACCAUUCAGAACAGGUUGUUUUUGUUACUUUUAACCAUUAAACUUGCUGUCAGGUUUUUAAUUCUCUAUUAUUAUUAUUAUUUUAGGACCUGUUGUAGUGAAUUGCUACUGAAAAGCCGGUCUAAGGCGAUAUACAGAGCACUCUUAAAGCAGCAGUCACAUUAGGGUUAGUAUUAAUUUUUUUUAGAUGUAUCAUAAUUAAUAACUUGGCUAGUUGAUUGUUUUAAGUCUAUGAAAGAAAUAGUUUUAUGCAAAAAAAAAAAAAAAGUAAGGAAGAAAAAAUACCAUUGCAGUCUGCUUGACUGGUGCUCAUUUUUCAUGUGGGGACCUAGAGUAUAAACAUGAUCAGCUAUUGGGUAAACUCUAUGUACCACUGACUUGUUUAGUGUGAAUAAACCCGGGGGUUCAAAGAGUGAUUUUGGUUUAAUCGGAUUGGACUUUAUUAAAGAAGUUAGUAUGUUACUUUAUAUCCCCUCGUUUUGUCUGGUUUUUGAGCAAUUUAGCCACCUGUCCAAAAGGUGUGCAAAUGAGAACCAGUAAGUAGGACGUUAGUCCUUCUCUUGACUGUACUGUACUCUCAGUGACCUGGACUUUUGGGCUCCAGUCCUGCUCUCCUGAUCUGCCUUUAGUCAGGUUUGCAAAACCAGUCUUGCUCCUUUCUUUUCCAAAGAAGAAGGGUUUCUACUGUAAGAGAUUGGAACUGCAAGCAGCAGAUCUCUGACAAAGAACUGAUUACAAAAUACAAAGAAGCUGGGCUCUAGGCUGUCAGAGGUUCCAUUUCAUCUGAAAAUACCACUUGUGCAGAAAUAGCGUCCCUUCUUGGCCCUCCCUUUUCUCCCAUGUAACUUGUCAAAGUCUUUAUGUACCAAACCCAGGUAUAAGUGUUGUAUAAUAACUGAACACAGGGUUAGGAGUUAGGAAUACUCUGAGUUAUAAUUAUGGUUCUGCUGUUGAUGCUCAAGGUCACAUAGGACAGCUCACUGAAUUUAUUCCUUAAUUACCUAUCUCCGAAAUUAAGAGCUUUCCCUGCACCACCAGAUUGUUGUGAGGGUUAACUAGCAAAAGUUUAAGCAGUGAUUUGGUAAUGUAAGCUGCUAUGUAUCUACUGAAUAUUGCUAGAAAGGCCCAAAUGAAGAGCCUGAGUCCCACACCAAACUUACAUUCUGUGAAACAAUAGCUGUCUCCAUCGUUAACAUGGUGCUGGAUCAGGAUAGACCACGGCAAGCUAGGACCUACAUCCUCUAUAGGAUGCAUGUCUCUGUUAAAGGCAAACAUUGCCACAAGCUGCUAUUGUGGUGCUCUGCAUUGCCCAGUUGUUCCUAAUCCAAACCCCGCAACUAGCGCAGAGCUUAAUUAAGACAUUGGGGGAUACAUGUGAUACUUUUUUUUGUGCUUGUUCCUGAGUAUUUUAAACCAAGGAUGAAUAAUCAAUGGCUUUCUCUUUAUAGCACCAGCACUUUCUAAAUUGAGAGCAUGUUGCUGUGGACUUGACAUUUUGCUAUUAAUCUGGCUUAGGAGACUGAAGGACAUGCUCUUCUCCAUUCAUCUUCCCCCAGAAUCCCUGGAAUAGGUAUGAUUCUCUUUUAAAAAGGGAAUAAAAAUCCCACAAAACUUCAAACCAAAGCUUCAUGGAGUUGCUGUUGCUGCACUGAUAAGCUUAGUGGACAAGUAGAAACAGAACAUUUCAGAAAGGUAACAAACGUUUUAAAAUACCUUACUAAUCUAGACCAUGACCAGACAACCCUGUGAGCUGCCAAGCUUGCAUCUGAUAGGAGCAAGUCAAGAUAGAGCAGGCUUUCCAGUCAGCAGAACAAUUCAUCGGGAUCGGCAAAAGCAACUGCAGCCACACUGACUUACUGAUAGCUCGUGUUUAAGACACCAGGAGUAAGCCAACAGGAAAAUGUCUGUUGAAUUGAAGCUGUAUCCUGAAAAGGGUUUGAGAAGUUUUGUGUUGCCUGUACGGGAAUUGCUAUAUAACUGAACCUAGGAUGGGAGGAGAAAGGAGCUUUAAGUAGAAAGGAUAUGGGAAGUUUCUGUCUCUGGUGUUCCUAUAUGCACUUGAAGGGAGUGCAUUAGUCAUAAAAUUCAACUCCAAGUGCCAAGUCCAGAAAAAAGGACACUUUCAUCCUGGUUUUAGCUCCACCGACUUCAGUGUUACUAGCAGGAUGAAUUUUGGCCAUGUGUAUGGGAAUUAAUUUUGAGUGCUACAGAUCUUGACCUGAUGAAACAAAUGAAAAGCCUUGAGCUAAAAAGGAAACCUUCUAAAACACUAGCCAUGCACUUUGCUUGUCAAAGAAAAUGCUUACUAAGUUGGCAUGAACAAAUGGAAUAUAAGCUGCUUACUUCUCAGUCUAGUAGACAGGGAAACAGAUAGACAGUAAUUUAACAAUCCUGAAAUGGCAGUUCUGGAUCAUCCAGUGUAAAUGGGAGAAAUUUGCACCAACACAGUGAGCAGUGCAGACUAAUGCCAACAGUGUAGGAAAGCAGAUCUUUAGCAAUUGUGUGUUUUAAGAGCUCUUGGCUUCUUUGGGGGCACAUUGUUCAUUUUUUUAAUAGAAAUUUAAUCUACAUGCAAAUUAUUUGUUCUCUACUUUGGGAAAUGUCUGCUUCUCAUAGAAGAAGACAGGUCCAAACAGAAAACCUGGCCUCAAGUUCAGAGUUCAAAGGGAAAUACUUAACAUGCCCUGAGCUGCAGCCUCACUCAGCUUUGUUUCUGUUGUGUUUUUAAGUGGCAUGUCAGUGUAUAGAUGAUGACUCUCUUUUUGGGCCAGCCCUUCUUUGCUUAUAUUCUUUGAUGGGAUUGCAAUCCAGUGCUUGAGUCAGUGCAUUUCUCUGCCCAGAAGUGCACUUCAGUUCAUACAGAUUUUGAUUAUCAAAGUAGUAGUAUUUCUUUGUAUUACAGAGGUGCUUAAACCCCUCAACUGAGGCUCAGACCCUUGUGUAUGAGGUGUGAUGAAAACAUACAAGAAAGUUCCUAUCUUCGACAAUUUAUAAUAUAAACAUAAAGAUAGGACAAGAAAGGAAUAGUUGCUAUCAUUUUAUGGGUUAAUGAGUGAAACACAGGAGUAACUUAAAAACGCAUGCAUGCUUAAAUGUGGUGUUGAAUUUAGGGGCUCAGACUUAUCAUCAGGUUUUUCUUGUUGCCUAAAGUAAUUUUAUCUCUACGUGCUGUUAGUCCACAGCAAAUGCAAGGUAAAACAAUUUAAUAUGAUUUCAUAAUGAGUUAAAUUAAGUGACAUUACCUUGUAUUUGUCACGUGCUAGACAUGUGCAAACAGACGACUGGUGUGGCUCAUCUGAUGCAUAGUAAUGUGACGGAGCGUGAGCUCUCAGUCUUAAAUGAUUUGCCUAUGACUGUGUCAAAAUUGAUUGCAGAACCAGAAAUUGAACCCAGAUUUUCCUUCUCUCAAUCCAGUGCCUUAACCAUAGUAGGACAAAAUAUUAUGUGUUUGGGGGAUUGUUUUGUUUGUUUUUUAAAGCCUAGAACUAUAAGAUGGUGUGGAGUUGGUCUUUAUACCCAUCUUUGGAAUAAUUGCAAAUGCCCAGUCACAGUUUUAGACCCAUUUUGAGUGCCAGUGACUUAGGGAAUAAUUGUUAUUUCCCAAGCAUUCUCUAAAAUUAUUGUUCCUCCCUCAACUGCUAUCAGCCGUAAGGAAUGACUUGAAUAGAAGAACUGUGUAACUGAAUGUCUAUCUAACUCAACUAAUUGAAUUGAUAGUAUGAAAGCUAACCUAGAUUUUGUAGGCUCUGUUGUAACUUUAGUGUCUUGUUUUUUAACUAAAUCUUUGUUCCUAGAAAUCAAUAUCUGAACUUAUGUGUUGAGUCUGGAGUGGGGUACCACUUUCAGCUUUAAUUUUUUUAAGGUGCUUGCUUGAGGAAGUAGAUGCCAAAGUAAAUUUCAGAGGAACUCCAGACUUCAGUGUUGGAAGAAUGAAUAGAGAGUGAGAGCUCUGGGCUUCAUGAGAGAUAAAUGGACAAAGUAAAAACCAGCUACCAAAAUUUUAUAUAAUGGGAACAGGAAAGGCUUUUCUUUAUCACUCACAAAUAUAGUAGAAUAUUUUCAAUUGUUCAGGAUGACAGAAACUCUGAGAGCAAGUGCCGAACAAAACUGGAAUGUGUUGGCUUUUUCAGCAUUAAGAAUAUACCUUAACAGCAUUAUGAAUAUUUUAACAUAAAUUAAGCCAGCUUUGCACCAUUCACCUUUUGCCUGGGCACAGUACCUGAGUUUUAAUUGACUAGAAUAUAAACUCACAUUGAAUCUCUCUGCUUAACUCUCAGUUCCACCCCAACAGAAAGAACAAAUCAGUGGAGGGGAAAAAAAAUAGUAAGACUUUAAAAGGAAAAACAGAUUUGGGAAGAAUCCCAGGCAUCCUGAGAGUCCCACCUUUUAUCCUGAACAUCCUUUUCAAAACAAGAUCCUGCUGCUGUUGUGGAUGAGCCCCUGGGUAGAGAUUUGGCUUUCAGCCCCACCUGCUGCUCCAUGUCCCUUUGAGAAGGCAGCGUGUUCUGGAGCAGCGAGCUCCCGGACUGUACGCCUGAGGCCACGCUUUACUGUUGCAGAGUCAGCAGCAACAUUGGCUUAAUGUAUUCCUGCCCGCUCCCCUGUCACCUUCUCCCUCCACACGGAUUGCUUUGCCAGUGUGUGUACCUACUCAGAUGCAUGCAGCUCCGCAAACAACUGUGCUAGCUAUGAACCAGACCAGAGAACUAUUUGGCUUCCAAAGUAUCCUUUAAAAAGUAGUUAUGUGACAUAAGUGCAAAGCGGUGCAGAACAGGAGCAGGAGCCUUGGCUUUAAGGGGUUAUGGGGAUGGCUGGAACUGUUAAAGCCUUAUAUUGGAAAACCACAGUUGUUUGCCUUGUGGUAGGAGAUAAUGACUGCCUAUUUGUAAAGAAUUAACACCUUGUGUCAUCUCUAGCCUCCUCCUUCUUUUUUCCCAUCUGUAAAAUGAGAUGAUGAUAACCCGUGGGUAGGAAUGUUUCAAGAUUUGAAUGGCAUGCCGAACUCUGCUGGCAAUUGUGCUGCUGAACUCUGCUACAAACGUUUGCCCCUCUUGACUUUAGGCAUGAUACAAAGUUAAACAUUUGGCCACAUUUUUCCUAAAAGGUGAAAUAUUUAAAUUAAUUUAAAGACUGCCUGCCCUUAUUGAUCUGCUCUCAGGGUUUAUGUGAAUGAAGCUUUUCCUGGGUGGCCUCUCUGCUUGCUCUGCAGUUUUGCAGACCUGGAAGUGCUCUGAGCUGAGAUGCGCUGAAGGAAGGAGGUAAUUGGUGUCUCACUGGCAUUCCAGUGACUCCCUCCCAGCCCCUGGGUUCCACAUGGACCAUGGGGUCAUUCAUAAAGCCACUGGCUGCCAUAUAUGCUCUUGAGUUUCCUGCAGUCACAUAGUGAGCUUGGUAAGUGCUUUUUAAAUAGAUCAGUCUCUUAUUGUUGUUAAUAGAUUUCUGGCUGCUGUGUCUACAAACUGGUGCCUUCUCCAGGCAAUUUUUACAUGCCCUCUGCAAAGUUGUCACACUGACUCUGCUGGCUCUCAGAUAUCAACCAAGCCUUGCUCUUGGGCUCAGAAUUUCUCUCUUCAGUACUGUUGUACUCUGAAAGUUUGCUGCAAUUAAUGCUAAUAUACAGUGUAAGAGAGAAAAUAAAAGGCCGUUCUCAGAUGUCCUGUAGAGUGAACAACUGAAACAUGAGUGUGGGAUGAGCCAGGAAAACUGGCAUUUUUCCCUGGCUCUAUGCCGUAUGGAAGAGACAGUGCCUUGGAAGGGAAGGAGGAGAAAAGCUUGCCAUUGGCUCUGAUGAAUCCCAAUCCUGCUUCUGCUGAAGUUGAUGGGAAUCCUCCCGUUACCUUCAGUGCAAGCAAGAAAGGAUCUUAGGUGAGGAUGGAUGACUCUUUCCCUACUUCAGUGAAGUCUCUUGCCUAUUUAUAGGCCUGCUUCUAUUGAAACCGAGCCUGUUUAGCCUUUUUGGGUUCUUAGGGACCUGUUUGUAUAAAGCAACUUACCUACCUAUCUUUUUUUUUUUUCUAUUGUGUGUAUUUUUUGUAUGUUCUGUUGGAAGGUGAAGCCUCUGUAGAAGGGGAUACAAAAACUGAUUUUUAAAUAGUAAUAAACCAAAAGAGAAUUAAA